AUGUCAAGUGCUCCAAUCGAAGUGCUCAUCUUCGGCGCAGGCGCCGUGGGAGCUUUCUAUGGCUCUAGACUCGCCCAAGCGCCAAACGUCAAGGUCUCGUGUGUGUGUCGCUCAAACUACAAGGCCGUCGCCAGCAAUGGCUUUGCAGUGAGCUCGCCGCAAUACGGUGACUAUAAAUGGAUGCCUACGCGUGUGUUUGCCAAUCCGAAGGAGGCUGAGCAGAGUGGUGUCAAGUGGGAGUAUAUCGUCGUCAGCACAAAGGCAUUGCCAGACGUUAGCGACGAUUCUGAAUCAUUGGAGGGACUGGUGCAUGAGGGAACAGCAGUCGUGCUAAUACAGAAUGGUUUGGGUGUCGAAGAGCCGUAUGCGAAACGCUUCUCUUCAGCAUGCAUCCUCAGUGCCGUCACAGUGGUCUCAGCAGCUCAAGAACGACACGGCGAGAUCAAGCAUAACCGCUGGACUCGCAUCAACAUCGGUCCUUACCUACCAAACCCAUCCGCCACCUCAACCCACGCCGAGCAGCAAAACGCAAAGUUCGCAAAACUGCUGCAACAAGGCGGUGUCAAAGAUGCAGAAGCCUACACACACGCAAAACUCCAACUCGUGCGUUGGCACAAACUCGCCAUCAAUGCCUCGAUGAAUCCUUCCAGCGUCCUCUCCAACGGCAGCACAAAUGCAGCAAUGGCAAAAGACCCAGAACUGUCUCGCCAUCUGCACGCAACCAUGCUCGAAAUCCUUCACACCGCGCCCAAGAUCAUUGGUCAAGAGUUCCCACCCGAGUUCGCAUCAGCCGACAAGCUACUCGCCAGCACCAGAAAGAAUACUUCGGGAAGCAGACCUAGCAUGUGGCUUGAUUGGGAGGCUGGCAAGAGAAUGGAGCUGGAAGUCAUACUCGGCAAUCCUAUACGCAUUGCCAGGGAGAAAGGCUUUGAGAUGCCGAGGCUACAGACCUUGUACGCGUUGUUGAAGAUGGCGCAGACCAACAGAGACGAGCAAGCUGCCAAGGCCAAGCUGUGA